AUUUAAUAGAAGGCGCAUUUUCAGAAUAUCAACAUAUUUAAAGAUGGCGACAAGGUGGGCAUGUCUAGGAGCAGGGAAAAUCUCAUCUGAUUUCUUUAAGGCGAUACGUGAAAACCUUCCUGAUACAGAACAUGAGUUUGUUGCAGUUGGCUCCAAGGACCAAUCAAGAGCCCAGCAGUUUGCUGAUAAGUACAGGUUUAAAAGGGCCUACGGGUCAUAUGAAAAUGUUGCCAAAGAUAAAGAUGUAGAGGUAGUGUAAAUUGGUACAUUAAAUACAACACAUGCUGAUCUUUCAUUGAAGAUGUUAGAAGCCGGGAAACAUGUUCUAUGUGAGAAACCCAUGGCUAUGAAUUAUAAACAGGCGAAACAAGUCCUAGACUUUGCUAAAUCUAAAAAUCUCCUUUUCGUUGAGGGAAUGUGGAGUCGCUGGUUCCCAGCGUACGAUGAAAUAAGAAAGGAGAUAUCAUCUGGUACCCUAGGUGAUAUUAGACUAGUCCAAGUCACAUUUUGUGUCCCUAUAAUGCACAGAGAAAGGUUGCACAGUGUGGAACUAGGCGGAGGUGCGACCCUCGAUAUUGGAAUCUACGCCGUUCAGUUUGCUUGUCUUGUUUUCAAUGAAAUGCCAGAGAGUAUAACAGCGGUAGGACAUCUGAUGGAAUCAGGUGUUGACGAGAAUGCUUGUAUUAUUCUGAAGUACAAAAAUGGAGCUAUAGCUAACCUAACAUACCACGCUGGCUUGGAUAACACUAACACUGCUGUAAUCUGCGGUACCCAAGAUAGAAUAGAGGUCGAACAGCCUUUCUGGGCACCAACAAAAAUAAGGACUCCAUCUGGAGUAAAAGAAUUCGCAUUGAACUAUGAGGGGUAUGUUUAUGAAAACAGUGCUGGAUUCCAGUAUGAGGCAAAUGCUAUACGUGAUUGUCUUUCUAAAGGCUUAAUUGAACAUCAUUAUGUAACUCAUAGAGAUAGUGAAAUGGUUCAUAAAAUAAUGGAUGAAGUUCGACGACAGAUAGGCAUGGUGUAUCCGGACUUUGACUAGACUCAGUUGGGCAAUGAGGCCGGCUCAUAUAAAGACAGCAAAAUUGUACUACUGGGCCGUUAUUGACCAUUGCUACAACAAUCUUAACUACAUGACAUCUGCAUGCGUGUGAAAGAACGAUAUACAUUAAUAAUUAAUAUUACUUUAAUUUAUAUAAAUACAUUAAUACUGUUUAUAUAUCGCACAAUGUGAUAUUCUUUUUGUUUAAGAAAUAUUUUCUACUAAAAACGAAUAAAUGAAUUCUAAACGUU